CUCAAUUCCCUUUCAAUUCAACAUGGCAGUUCCGCCUUUGGUGGCAAGUCGGGGAGGCAGAUACACCUCCAUGGGCCAAGCCUAGCGCCUAGACUCUUGCAAAGAAUACGACGUUGUACCAUCACCGAUGUCUGGCGUAGCCGCAGCUCGAGCCUUUGGCUCACCUCUCCCAUCCCCCAUGGCUCUCACAGUCCGGCGUGCCAUGGGGGAACCUGCAGCUUUUGCAUGGAGAUUUGGGAAAUUCCACGCCUAUACCUACACGGCGUCCCCGAACCUCGAGAAAAAUACGCACCCUUUGUACGAGUUCACAAAGAGACGGUGGAACACGCGGUCAGAGCCCCUUUGGGUCUCGGUCAUUGCGAAGAAGCACACGGGCAUCCAUAACAGCCGAUGCGUCCGCAGCUGGCUCUCCCGCAGAUUGCGGAUAGCCGUGAACCUCUCGCUGAAGAAGAACGGCUAUGCUCCGGACGGCACCAGGUUGGAGGGCCCGGAAAGUGGGAACCAUCUAUGGGGGACGGCGCAGUUCCUGGCGGAGCAGCCGAUGAUCAAGAUGAGCCAGGAACAGGUCCAGGAGCAGACGGACAAGGCUGUUCUAGAGAUCAUUCGACUCCAGGAGCCGAAGGUGAAGAAGGUGAAGAGCGGAAGCAAGAGUCCGUCUAAGAACCCGCCCGAGUUGGAGAAGGCACAAUAGGAUAGGAGGAUUAAUUCCCCUGGGUUAUCAUGAUAGUUACAUACCAAAGCCAGAGAGAAUGUGAUGUUGCAAGGGUACUUGAAAGCCAAUCGAGCGUGGACUGGAACUGUUCGAGAUGUGCUAUAUGCUAUAUAUAACCCCUAUAUCCACGAGUAGUUUGUUAUGUUGGCGGCUCUUUUCCUUCCCCGGCCUCAAUUAAUGACUGGCGUCUUUAGUGGACAUUGGACACAGUGUUUUGGUGGUCAACUAGAGGUCCCAGGAAAUUGGAAAUUCAAGACAGGGGAAUCUGGCCUCCUUUUGUCUC